AUGACGCCGUUCUUCUUUUUGUUAUUUAUUCUCUGUUUAACAUGUCCAAUAUCAUUACAGAAUAUAUUUUCAAUUCAAGAAACAUUAACUAUCUUAUGUGAUCAUUUUCCUCUUAUAUCUACAAUUAAUGAUACAAAUUUCCAAUGUGCUCGUAUACGUAUAGAUGAGAAUAUUCCAAGAGCAAAAUUCGAUCUUAAUAGACCGACUCAAAUGAUUCUUUUUAUUAUUAUUGACCAAUCAUCAUCAAACAUAUCUCCCAUUGAUAUAAUUAUAAAUUUUACUCAAUCAUCCAGUUCACCAUCAUUAAUCAAUGAAAUUCGUCUAGCUUUAUUAGUAACUCAUACUAAUUUUAUAAUAAAUAAUCAAACAUUAACAGAAUAUACUCCGCAUGAUAUACCUAUAUUUCUUUGGCAAAAUUCAACAGAAAAUACCUAUGAUCUUGUUGAUGUAUUUCAAAUUGAAAAUCAUGAAUAUGAAAUUGAUACAAGUUUAUGUAAAUGGAAUUUGAAUCAAUGGAAUCAUUUAUUCAAUAGAAAUAUGUCUAUUAAUGUUCCCUAUGUUUAUUUUCUAAAGACAACAAAUUCUCAAUUAUUAUUCACGCUUAUAGAUACAAGUAAUCAGUCAUCGUUAUCAUCACCACCAUUACCUUAUUUGAAUAUACUCUACUGUUUUCCGUACAAAUUAGAAAUAGCUGAAAUGAUACUCAUUAUCUGUUUUGGUAUUUUAUUUCUUAUCGCUGUUAUUGCUCUUAGUAUUUUACAUUAUUUAAAAGGAGGAGAAAAUAAUCGAACUCGAUAUUUUGAACGUUAUUAUAAUCGAAAAUCUCAAAAUAAAUUUAUUCAAAAUCAACCCAAACCUACUCGACAACGUUCAGAUACAUUAGCUUCAUCUACUGAACAAGAUGAUUAA